CACUUGAGAGAGAAGCGGCUGUUGCCCUCGCUGCUAUUGCUAGUAGUUGCUACAGCCUGUGUUUCCGCUUCUGAAUAUCAUUCUCCUCCGGCCUAUUCUACCGUACGCCGUUCGUGAACCUUCACUUGUACUUUAACUUCUUAGUCUAGCUACACUUUCGCUUCUGAGAAUGGGUCCAUCGGACAUUAGGGACCUUUUAACAGCGUUUAGUCCCUCGUUAGACUUGUUUGCUAUGAGCGCUGGAGAUGGUCGCAUAAAGAUAUGGGAUACAGUUAAUGGUCAAAUCCAGACGGAGUUUGCUGACAUCACAUCAAGUGAUGCAGCAAGUAUAUAUGCAGGAUCAGUGAAAGGCCAUCUUUCAAUAGAUUAUACAUGCAUGAAGUGGUUGUCAUUAGAAGAAAAGAGAAAAAGGAAGCACACAUCCUCAUUGUUAGUACUUGGAACAGGUAGUGGUGACGUGUUGGCACUUGAUGUGUCUGCUGGUCAAUUAAAUUGGAGAAUUGGUGACUGCCAUCCUGGAGGCGUGAAAGCUGUUUCAUCUUCUACAAAUGGAUCAUGUGUCUAUACUGCAGGUGCAGAUGGAAUGAUUUGCAAGAUUGAUUGUAAGACAGGAAACCUGUUGGAAAAAUUCAAAGCUUCUACAAAGGCAAUAUCCUGUAUGUCUGUUUCUUCAGAUGGGAAGACAAUAGCUACUGCAGCAGCACAACUAAAAAUUUUUAAUUGUUCUGAUCACAAGAAGAUACAGAAGUUCUUUGGCCAUCCUGGAUCUGUUCGGUGUCUUGCCUUCACUGAAGAUGGGCAGUAUAUUCUAUCCUCUGCUGUUGGGGAAAGAUAUGUUGCUGUCUGGAGGAUUGAUGGGGCAAAAAAGAAGUCAGUUAGUUGUGUUCUUGCAAUGGAUCAUCCUGCUGUUUUUCUUGAUAGCAGGUGCACUCCUAGCAGGGAGCUUGACAAUGUUGGAGUAUCUGUUUUGGCUAUCUCAGAAGUUGGUGAUUGUUAUGUUUGGUUUGGAAAUAAUAUUGAGGAACUACGCAAUGUGAAGCCCAUUAAAAUAUCAUUAUCUUUGGAAGAGAUAUCUUCCAGAAAUUACAUGGGUGCAUUGCCAGCAAUAUAUGCUGCAAAGUUAGAAGGCAUCCACAAUCCUACCUCUGGGCAGAUUUUACUUGUUCAUGGGUUGCUUGUAAAACCAUCGUUUCAAAAAAUUUCAGUGCACUCUGGCUCAGACAUAAAAUUGAAUUUCUCUGAUGAUGGUGUUCUUCUUCGGUUGAACAAGUCCCUCGCAAAGCCUAAGAAGGCAAAAGAUGUAAAAAAAGUUACUGCGCUAGACCGUGCUAAUGCAGAGGAUGCUCUGCUCCCAAUUCCUAAGCUUUUUGAUUCUCAUGUGCAAGAGCAAGAAUUUCAAGACUCUUCAGGCAAGGAAGUUAUGGAUGGUUUGGUUAGAAGUAGUGAAUCUGUAUCUAUGGAGAUUGAAGAUGAGAUGGCCCAGGACGAGACUGAUGUGAUCUGCAUGGAGGAACAGAUGAGAUCUCUUAGGAUGCUUGAUGAUGAAAAUGAUCUUGAAUCAAAUAUCAAAUUUAAUUCUUCAUUGUUGAAGCGUGUUGAUCUUGAUGCUAAUCUUCCAAUGAGAAAGAUAAGAGCAACCGUCUUGACCAUGGAGCCAUCUGAAGCAUGUAAGCUCCUGGAAGUUUUGCUGGCUGUUUGGCGAUCAAGGUCAUCUACUGGCAAGUACGCUCUUCCGUGGAUAUAUAGCAUAUUAGUGAUUCAUGGUCACUACUUAAUCUCUCAGGAAAAUGUGACAAAUAUGCUUGAUGCCUUGACCAAGAUGGCUCGCUCUAGAGGAUCUGCAGUUGAGACUUUGUUACAAUUAUCAGGUCGUCUGCAAUUGGUGACAACACAGAUUAACAAAGCUUCUCAAGAUACAACUCGUUCAGUGCGAGAUCCUCAAAUGGAAGAAAGCGAAGAUGAGGACAACGAGGAUUCUUUUGAAGAGGAAGGGGAUGAUGCAUCUGAAAUAAGUAGUGAUGAUGAUGAGAACUAGUUCGAAUUUUGAUGAGAGGUAAUUCUCUAUGUAAAGGGAAAAAAAAGUGUUGUCUACGCAUAUUAUAUAAUAGCCUAAUAGUUGAAGUAGAUGAUUUAUUUAUUCCCCCCAUGGGUGCAAAGAUAGUUGUAAUUUAAUUGGGUUGGGACUUGGGCUUUUCAAAUUUUGGCCUCUUAAAACGUUCCAUGAGUCAGCUUGUUUGUGAACCUUGCUGGGAGGAUUUUCCAUAAUGAGUUCCCUCUCAGCGAGAAUUUUUGUACUAUCCGGAGCACAUGUAUGAAAUGAUACAGCCCAUAAAUUAUUCGUUAUCAA